GGUCUGAAUAAAGGGGUACCUUGUAGACUGUACCUAGAGGUUAGAAGACAGGACAGCCACCAAUACAGAUCCACAAAUCUAAUGAUGGACCCCCGUACCAGUGCGCAGGACGUGAUGCGAUGUGACCUGUGUGAGACCGCUGUGGUACAGAUGCACUGUGAUACAUGUCUUGUCAACCUGUGUAAGGCCUGUGUUGGAGAACAUACGAUUUCUGUUGGAUCCAAGAAACACGAAAUCGUCUCAUUUAAGCUUCGAAAAGCCAUUCCCAUAUACCCUGGAUGUGUAUCUCAUGUCAAAGAACGAUGUGAAAUGUACUGUAAUCAAUGUGACAUUCCUGUAUGUAUCACCUGCAUUACAGCUAAUCAUCAUCUGGGUCAUGAAUUAUCUAAAAUCGCGGAAUUUUUUUAUAAAAGAAAGGAAAUAAUUAUAAAAGAACGAAAUGAAUUAAAGGAAACAAUUUCUCGAACAUACCAAUACAUUGCCUCUGAUGUGCAAAACAGAAUGAGUCAGUUAAAAAAGGAAUAUGCAGAUCUCUCUAUAGCCAUAACAAAACAUGGAGAGGACUGGCACAGAGAAAUUGACAAACGUGUCAAGAAACUUAAAGCCGAAGUUGAUGAGAUGAAAAACACACAGCUACAAACUCUACAGAAACAUUUGGAUGAAAUAAACAAGAAAAAUUCGCACAUCAAGAAUGAACUUGAUUCAGUUGAUGUUGUAGUGGAUUCUAAUGACAUUUCAAAACUAUUAAGUGUCAAAUCAAAUUUACAUAUUUACAAAACUCUUCCACAAAAACUUGAACCAAAUUUACCCAAAUUCAUUCCAGGAAAAAACUUUGAAGAAGAACUUUAUAAACUGUUUGGAGCCUUAUCAUCAAGUUCUUUAACAUCAGAUAAACAUGGCUACAGCAUGAAGACAACACAGAAAUCACCAGAAGCUGGAUCCUCUCCUCCAGUCAAACAGCUGCUUGAUGAACCAGAGACUGUCACCACCAUAGAUACUGGGUAUGGAGGGCUUAAAAAUGUGGUCUGUCUGAGUGAUGAAGAAAUCUGGACAAGAGGAAGUGACACCAUCAUGAAACUCUACAGCAUCAAUCAGGGAUCACUACUCAAGUCAAUCACACUUAAGUCAGGAAACAUAACAAAAGACAUGACAGUGACAAAAAGUGGAGACUUAGUAUAUACUGAUACCAGGGAUAGAACUGUGAAUAUUGUGAAGAAUGAGAAAAUAGAGGAGUUGAUCAGAUUACAGAAUUGGAGACCUCACGGUGUUUGUAGUACCUCCUCUGGUGACCUCCUGGUUAUCAUGGACAGUGAUGAUGACAAACAAACAAAAAUUGUCCGUUACUCUGGCUCCACAGAGAAAAAAGCUAUUCAGUUUGAUGAUAAUGGUAAACCUCUCUAUUCAUCAGGUGGUUAUUACAGAUACAUAAUUGAGAACAGGAACCUGGAUAUCUGUGUGGCUGACAGUAAAGCUAAAGCAGUAGUGGUGGUCAAUCAGGGUGGGAAAUUGAGAUUCAGGUACACUGGACAUACUCCUGCUCCAAACAACAAAUUCUAUCCACUAGGAAUCACCACAGACAGUCAGAGUCACAUCCUUACAGCUGAUUUGAACAAUGACUGUGUCCACAUCAUAGACCAGGAUGGACAGUUCCUCUGUUACAUAGACUGUGGACUGAGUUAUCCCUGGGGACUGUGUACAGAUACAAAUGACAAUCUGUUUGUUGCUCAACAUGAAAACAGACAAGUGAAGAAAAUCAAAUAUUUUAAGUAAAUACAUCACUGUAUUGUAUAUUACUAUAAUAAA